UUUUACUGACACUUACGCUGAGGCUAUCUCCCUUUUUUACUGACACUUACGUUGGCUUACGUUUUGUUGACACUUACGUUGUCAGUGUCAGCCGACAGUGGUCAGUUGUUUUUGGAAUUUUGCUGCGCGCCGCUGUUCGCUCCGCUGCCGCCUGUCUGUGUGAGUGCGCGUGUGUGAGGAGGCAAAGAAGAGGAAGCAAGAAGGAAGCCGCAAAAGGAAAAUCCAAUUCCGAGAAAUCUUAUCAAUGAAGACGAAGACUAAAUGAAAAAUAAUCGAGAUGCGUGCGUUUCAAUAGUGCAAAUUUAGUCACCAGUAUUAUUUUUUCGGCACUUCAGUUCGGUUUGUGUGUGUGCGAGUGUUUUGGUGGCGUGAGUGCGUGUGAUCGCCACGCCCACACGGGAAAUGGCAGCAACGGUUUACCAACGCCUACAUAGCGUCGCGGUUGGCGUCGGCAAUGCCGCCGGCAGCGCAGUCGGCAGCGGUUCGGCUUCCUUUCCAGGAUCUGGAUCUGGAACGGGAUCGGGAUCGGGAAUAGGCCAUGGAAACACCUCCUCCUCCUCCGCCCUCCUCAGCCACUCCCAGCUGACGCGCUCGCUGGAACGAAUCCUGGAAGAGGCGCACUUCAGCGGCGAACUGAUCCUGACCAAUCGCAAGCUGAAGGACUUUCCCAGGACGGGAACGAAGUACUCUCUCACGGACACCGUUAUUGCAGAUCUGUCCCGAAAUAGAUUCGCCGAGCUGCCCGAAGAAGUCACGACGUUUGCGUUUUUGGAGACCCUGCUGCUAUAUCACAAUACGAUUCGCAGCAUUCCGGAAUCGGUGAAGCAGCUGUCCUCGCUAACUUAUUUGGAUCUGCGCAGCAAUCAGCUAUCCUCGCUCCCCCGGGAAAUAUGUUUCCUGCCCCUACAGGUUCUUCUGGUGUCCAACAAUCGAUUGGCCUCGUUGCCAGACGAACUGGGUCGAUUGGAUCAGACUCUGACCGAUCUGGAUGCAUCGUAUAAUCAGCUGGCCAACUUACCUGCUCGUCUGGGGGAGCUGAGAACUCUGCGUUCGCUGUCGCUGAGGAGUAAUCAUUUGAUGUAUCUGCCCCGGGAACUAACCUGUUUGAGUUUGAUAUCCCUGGAUGUGAGUAACAACAAGAUCGCUAGUCUGCCCCUGGAGAUUCGUCACAUGAGCACCUUGGUAGAGCUGCAGUUGGAGAAUAAUCCUCUGACCUCGCCCCCAGCUAGUCUUUGCAUGCGUGGCCUGGUGCAUGUUUUCAAGUUUCUAGAGACCCAGGCCACCAAGGACGAGAAGGGUUCCCGAUCCGGUGGCAACUACGAUGGUUACACCACACUGCGCAGAGCUCCUCGCCACAAUUCCAGCGGCAAUGUCCUUGAAGCCAGCACCACUGGCAGCAGUAAUAACCAGCGAAGACAUCAGGUCGACUCUGGUUAUAGCACCAGCGAUGGUCUUGACAAGCGCUGGUCGCACGAUGUCCCUGCAAAAUCCAAAACGGAUUCACCGCUGCACUGUGUGUCCAUUUCGGCGGCUGCCACUUUGCCCAGGACUAUGCCAAGUGCGGUUCAUUCGCAUGCGGAUCUGAUGGAUGCAUCCCUCACCUCCAGCACUAGCACCAUUGUGGAUGAGAGUCUUACCCUGAGUCCGGCGGCAUCGCCCUGCAAGUUGAGCUAUGCGCACUCGAAUAGCUCCAGUAAUAGUUCGUCGCCGGAUCAGGACGAAGACAUCAUGAUCGACCACCAGGAGCGCACUGUUCACCAUGCCAAUGGGAAAUCCGGAAAGGGUCUCGGCAAUAUUCAGACAUAUAAGGAAUACAAGGAGGCCCUAAAACAGCAGCGCAACCAGGAGAUCAGCGUCUACAAGCAGAAGCAUCCGAAUGCCAACCACAGUCCCAAUGACGACGAGGAUCUAUCCCCGUCGCCGCCGGCUAUCUCCAAUGGAUCUUCCUCCAACACACUGCCAAAGUCCAUUAUGAAACAGAAUAGCAAUCAGAACGGUCAUAAUGGGAACGGAAAUGGAAACGGAAAUGGGAAUGGAACCGAUGAUGUUGUUAUACCAAAGAAACCAAUACAGAAGGUGAUACCUUCACGGAAUACGGAAAUAAAGCCGGCGUCCACAUCCGGCAUUCCCUCUGCCAUUCCAUCGGAUUGUUUGGGCUACGUUAAGCCCCAGAGUCCCAUGAAGAAUGGCACAAAUAAAUUCAGUACGUCCAACGGUGGAGGAGUGCCAUCUGCAGCGGGAAUCGCCAGCAGCACCACCAUUAAAUCGCCAGUUAGCUCCACCACCAAGCUGGGUACAGUGAAAACACACCGUUCGGUGACCUGGAAUCAUGAUAUUCCCGCGGAGAAGCUGAGCUUUACCAUGCGACGGGAAUUUGAUCGCCAACGAGAGGAAACUGAAUUGAUGUCGCAGUUGAGGAGUAUCAUUGAAACGCGUUUAAAGAUGACGUUGCCUGUGGAUAUUGCCUCUGCUCUGACGGAUGGUGUUAUACUGUGCCAUCUGGCCAAUUAUGUGCGUCCACGUUCGGUGGCCAGCAUUCAUGUGCCAUCACCUGGUGUGAACAAGUUGACCAUGGCCAGGUGUCGCCGUAAUGUGGAUAACUUUUUGGAGGCAUGUAGGCGCAUUGGCGUAGAUGAGGAGUUGAUUUGCUCCUGUGAAGAUGUUGUGCCACAAAUUGAACCGCAACAACCACAAUUGCCACGUGCUGACGAUGACUAUGAUGCUGAUGUUUAUGUCCAAGAUGAUGACAACAACAUCAGUAGCAACAGCAGCAGCAGCAAUGCCAGCAACAUGCAAUGCACCAACGAUGGCGACUACAGCAGCAACCAUAUUGAUAGAGUGCCCAAUGCAUUGGCCCUACUGCGCACAGUGUCCGCUCUGAUUGCCCUGGAUGAGAAUCCGUAUCAUCAGCAGUUCCAUCAUCAUCUUCAGCAGCAACAGCAGCAGCAGCAACACUUCGAGCAAGAGCAAUUCAGUGAGCCAACUACCUGCAGCCAACAGCAAGAACAGAUGUUGCAGUUGCAGCAGCAACAGCAGCAGCUAGAUCAUGUUUUGUAUGAGAAUGGCCAGCCGAGGGCUGAAAAUGAUGAUGGGGUUGAGGAUCGUGAUGAUGAUGACAUAGGCAAACGGCAGCAGCAACUGGCGACAGUGGGUCAAAUGCUGCUGAAGGCCAAGCAAAAAACCUAUGAGAAAAUCAAGCACAAUCUGCUGAGUGCCCAUGGUCAGCACAAUUUCCAGGGCAAUAACAAUAAUAGAAAGUUGCACACGAUUGUGGAGAAUGAGCACGAUGUGGCCGCCGCAGGACCGGCGGGUCAUUAUCAAAUUAUAGACGAAAAGCAGGAGCAACCGCAACCGAAACAAUCGGAGGACUUGAAGGAUGAGAGUUCACUGGACAACGCGACCAAGGAAGCCAUCAGCAAGCGCAUCGAGUUCUUCGAGCAGCAAAAGAGUGGCAAACAGAAACUGGAGGUCUUCAGCAUCUAUUUGCCGAAGGAGAAAAACAAGCAGCUCGAGCAGAAAAUAAAGGCCAAGACUAACGAAGCUGGAACUUCAAUAUUAAAGCACGAUUCUCACACUUUGACAGUGAUCUUGUCAUGCGUUUUCAUCGCCACUUUCCUCUGGCUGGUCUUCUUCCCGCUGCCCGGCUAGUCUAUAUAGUAUAGCUUCUUUUUGUGUUUGCCUUGGUUUGCCAGUAGAGUUAAGAUUCAAAAUACGAGUUGGUAGUGACUUCUUGAGGCUGCUUUUUGUUUACUGCUUAGGCUUACACCCCAUAUUUAUGAAACAUUCUAUACCUAACUUUUAAUCUAAGAAAUUGAAAUCCCCCAAAAGACAACAAAACAAACAGGCAACUUGUGAGGCAUUUAAUUGAGAGGAAACCCAAAGACUUUGAAAUUGUAUUCAAUUUUUGGCUCGCAUUUCUCAACGAAUUAUUAAGGGUAUGCACAAUGUAGGGUUAAACAUACAUUCUACUUAAAUAGUAAAAAUGUAAGUUCCAAAAAAUACAAAUGCUCUUUUUUGAGUUUCAACCCAAAGUUCCUUUGAAACAACUUUUUCUAUACUUUCUAUGAUUUUAAGUUUAUUUUAUUAUUUAAAUUUGAUAGGUAAACUAUGUAAUAUUUAAGUACCUCACAAUUACACACUUUCACAUAUUAGAAAUGACAACUAUUAGUGUUUAGUUCAUGAUGAUGAGGACGUUUUCUACUAAAAAAAUAUACGACAUCCUUCAACUAUCUUUACUGUCGUAAAAAAAUAAUAUUUUUGUAUCACCCACAUAAAAAGAUUUUACCUUGAAAGGAUUUCGAUUGUGCAUACCCAUAGAAAUUAAUUUAAAAAGAGCCGUUUUACAGUAACCCCCAUUAUAACCACAUAUUCCUAGUUCAUGUACAAGCUAUUGAACUCUAAAUUGAAUUAAGAACAUAAGAAAAUAUUUUUAAACUCGCAUUUGCUUAACCACGUCUCAAGUCGUGCUGAACUGAAAAAAGCCACAACAAUGCGCUUCAUUUCAUUGUAUUUAUACUAACCAUUAAAUAACACGAUUGACCUAAGUUACAACGAAACUAAAUUGAUUUAAGUUCCAUUCUGGCAAAAAGAGAUUUAUGAAAAUCAUUAAGAAAAUGUACUAGCAUAGAUACAGGUAGAUGAUACGAUAUACAAAUACCAAUUAGAUGGUUAAGAUGGGAAAAAUAGGAAUGAGACUUGUUAUAGUUUGAUGGGUAAUUAAUUCUGGUAGUUAUCGUAAAAAGUAGCUACUGGAGGGAUUUGGAGAUGUAUGGUUUUACUGGAAGCAGGGACACUCAAAAUAGUUGUAGAAACAGUGAAAUAGUUAUAAAAUGAAGUUAAAAGUAUAUAGCCAACCAAUGUACCAAUUUCAGAAGGAUUCUUCUGGAUACAGUUUACCAAAUCAGUAGAAAAAAAAGCAUUUUGCCGUGUGCACUUUAUUUUUGAAGACAUUCUUAGUAGUCCAUUGAUUUUCGUUUAUUCGUUUUUGAUAUAUCUAUAAAACAUAUAAAAUGGUUACAUCUUCUUACAAAUAUUUUUGAUGUACAAACCAAAUGUGUCAAAAAAUAGUCCAAACAAGUUUUCUAAAAUACAUCACAUCUAAUACAACACAGUACAUCACUCACUUUCUCGAAUAAAUUUAAAUACGCACAAUUUAAUAUAAAGAUGACCAUUUAAAUGCAAAUAAUGAUCACAAAAUAGUGCCUUUGACUGGAGAGCGGCGACAGUCUAUUCUGCCUACAUUCUAUAAUCAAUAUAGUAUCUAUCCUUGUCGAAAGCAAUAAUUUGUCACUAAUAACUUUUCAAGAAUGACGCUUUUCUGUACCAAUUUAAUUUACAACCAAGUUUACUUGACUAAACUUCAAUAUGUGCUAACAACAUUCCUAACAUUAUACAUAAUUUAUUUAAUUUAAGCUUAAACUUGUACUUAAAAGAGGGAAAACAAAAUGAAGUCUAAUCAAAUUUCUACAAGAAGCACAAUCUCUAACACUCAGAAAAGAAAUAAUAUAAACAUAUAUAUUUAUCUAGCGUCUAAAAUCAGAAAUAUAUAUUUUGUCUAACAAAAUUAUUAAAGGAAAGACAAGGCAUUUGAAGCAGCUGUAAUCAGUCAUUAAUUUUUAUAAAAAAAAACACAUAUUUAACACGCAUAAAUCCUGAAAAGUAUAUAUAAAAUCUCCAAAAUGAAAAUUGAAGCCAAAUCUUUUUGUCAGCAUUUGUCAGAGGAAUAUUCCAUAAGUUUACUUCCAAACCAAAUGAAAAUAUAAACAGUUGCAUUUAAAUUUAAGCACACCUGUCAAAUAAACGCUAUAUAUACAAAGUGGAAUCAAAGAGCAAAAUAUAUGAAAAAUACACCAAACAAAUAAUGUAUUGCGUUUGGAGCUGUUACAGAAAUCUUAUUCAAAAAAAGGAGUUAAAAUAUUUUUUUAUUUGAGAAUUUUAAUGACAUUUUUGUGGAAAAGAUUUCUGUAACACCCUAUUUAGAAGUUUGCAGUUUUACGGUCAUUGUGCUAAGCUAAGACACGAACCACGAUGUGUGUAACGUUUAGUUCAUCAAUUAGUGGAUACCUAAUCCAGUUGCUUGCAAACUGUGGAGGGCCGGAACUUAUUAAAUAAAUAAAAUAAAUAUUUUGGCAAUAUUAAGACCGUAUCAGUAAAUUUUUGAAAUUUAAAUAAAAGAACAUACAAUUAUAUAAUUUAUUUAUGAAAUUCUAAGGACUUGAACCCACAUUUUUCUUAAUUUUCGGUCUGUCAUAUUUCAAAAGCCAAUUAAUAUAAAAAUCAAAAAUAUUUAUUUUACUUCUUUGAUCGCCUGCGUUAAAAACAAAACCAAAAACGCCAUUUUAUCCAAACUCACAAUGA